GCAUCGGGCCCCCGGGCGGGGCGACAGGCAUCGGGCCCCCGGGCGGGGCGACAGGCAUCGGGCCCCCAGGCGGGGCGACAGGCAUUGGGCCCCCAGGCGGAGCGGCGGGCGCCGGACCCCCAGGCGGAACUACAGGUCUCGGGCCCUCAGGCGGAGCGGCGGGCGCCGGACCCCCAGGCGGAACUACAGGUCUCGGGCCCUCAGGCGGAGCGGCGGGCGCCGGACCCCCGGGUGGAGCGACAGGUCUCGGGCCCUCAGGCGGAGCGGCGGGCGCCGGACCCCCAGGCGGAGCGACAGGUCUCGGGCCCCCAGGCGGAGCGGCAGGGGCGCCGGACCCCCAGGCGGAGCGACAGGUCUCGGGCCCUCAGGCGGAGCGGCGGGCGCCGGACCCCCAGGCGGAAGCGACAGGUCUCGGGCCCCUCAGGCGGAGCGGCGGGCGCCGGACCCCCAGGUGGAGCGACAGGUCUCGGGCCCUCAGGCGGAGCGGCGGGCGCCGGACCC